UCAAAUCAAAUCAAAAAAAUAGUAGGUAAUCUAAAAAUAAAAAUGAUUUAUAGCAUCAACAAAUUGAGAAAGGCCAACCAUAUAAAAACUGCGGCGUCUGUAUAUAAAUAAACUAGUAAUAAAUUUUAAAAUUAAUUGUAAGUGAUUAUCCUCCAAAAAAAGUGGUGAGUUUUUCUCACAAAAGUACGAGGAAGUCCAUAAACAACAAUAAGCAUCACACUGUUUAUUUAAAGUUGAACAAGUUAAUUUUGAUUCAAACCUAAUGAUUAAUCUUGACACUGCUCCAAAAAAUCUUGCCCAAAAUAAAAUAUUUUCAAACCUAUUACUUGGUAUUGAGAACUCUAAAAUUUAAUUAAAGGAAUUUUGUGAAAAUUACAAAUGGAAACGAAGUAUACGAAAAAUAAAUCAACUAAGUCUUCUUAGUCUACUGAAAGAGAAACGUUUAAAAUAAAAAUAAUAAUAAUUGCGAGUGCAAAAUACAUAAAAAUAGUUGAUAGGCAAUCUAUGAACCGUAAUGUAUUUUUAGUGUUGUGAAACCUUGUGAACUUGUGUAGAAAGCAAUAGCGCAGGAGUGAAGAGAAUUUGAAACGCCCUUUAUUGCCAAAUGAAUUCGUAAAGUGUAUACGCCAAACAGACCGAUAACUAUCAUAAGAAUAUUCAGACAUAAUCUCCAAAAAAAAGUGCCCCACUUCCCACAACUCCAACCCACUAUCAGCCAGUUCAUUGGAUUUGUCUUUAUUUUAAGACUACAACCGCCAAAAUUCUUACCACCAGCAACAUGAAUUCUUACUUCGAGCAAGCUUCGGCGGGCUUUUACGGCCAUCCGCAUCAGGCCACAGGCAUGGCCAUGGGCACGGGUGGUCAUCAUGAUCAGACAGCUACAGCGGCUGCGGCCGCCUAUCGUGGCUUCCCGCUCUCGUUGGGCAUGUCGCCUUAUGCCAAUCACCAUUUACAGCGCACAACACAGGACUCGCCCUACGAUGCGAGUAUCACUGCAGCUUGCAAUAAGAUCUACAGUGACGGUGCCUACAAACAGGAUUGUCUGAAUAUCAAGGCCGAUUCCGUAGUCAAUGGUUACAAGGAUAUUUGGAAUACCAGCGCCAAUGGUACCAGUGGUGGCGGCGGUGGUUCUGGUGGAGCUGGUGGCNAUCUACAUGGUGGCGGCGGUGGUUCUGGUGGUUCAGGUGGCGGAUCCAACGGAUCAAACGCUAAUGGACUGAAUAAUGCCGCUGGCGGUAUGCCAGUGCGGCCAUCCGCCUGCACUCCAGACUCGCGUGUUGGCGGGUAUUUAGACACCUCGGGCGGCAGCCCAGUUAGCCAUCGGGGUGGCAGUGGUGGUGGUAGCGGCGGCACGGGAGUUGUUGGUGGCGGCCAAGGUGGCGGUGGUGGGGUUGGAAGCGUAGGUGGUGUUGGUGGUGGUGUGGGCGGCGUUGGCGGCGCAGGCACCGCUUGGAAUGCAAAUUGCACAAUUUCCGGCGCCGCAGCAGCACAGAGCGCUAGCAGUUUACAUCAGGCCACCAAUCACACAUUUUACCCCUGGAUGGCUAUCGCAG